AUGCCGUCUCGUGCCCGCAUCUCCUCCGCCGUCUUCACCACCGCCGCUUCCUCCUCGCCGUCGCCGCGCGCUCCCCACCUCGCCCUCGCCGUCGCCACGGCGCGGGUCCUGUCAGGGACGUUCCGCCCAGAGGAGGCACACCACCUGUUUGACGAAUUGCUGCGUCAAGCCAACCCCGUCCCCGAGCGCGCGCUGAACGGGUUCCUCUCCGCGCUCGCGCGUGCGCCGUCCUCCGCCGCCUGCAGAGAUGGUCCUGCCCUUGCCGUCGCUCUCUUCAACCGCGCGUCUCGAGCUGACGGCCCGCAGGUGCUGUCCCCUACAGUCUGCACCUAUGGCAUCCUCAUGGACUGCUGCACCCGUGCGCACCACCCGGAGCAAACGCUGGCCUUCUUCGGCCAGGUUCUCAAGACAGGCUUGGGCGUCAAUACCAUCAUGAUCACCAACCUUCUCAAGGGCCUUUGUGAAGCAAAGCGGACAUACGAGGCUCUGGACAUCCUUCUCCACAGAAUGCCUGAGUUGGGCUGUGUGCCUGAUGUUUUCUCGUACUGCAUACUUCUGAAGAGCCUCUGCAACAACGGAAAGAGUGGUCAGGCAUAUGAAUUGCUACGAAUGAUGGCUGAAAGGAAAGCUGCCUGCUCGCCCGACGUGGUUGCGUAUAAUACGGUCAUCGAUGGCUUCUUUAAGGAGGGCGAUGUUGCUAAAGCAUGUGAUCUAUUCAAUGAAAUGGUACAGCGGGGAAUUUCACCUAAUUUAGCGACUUAUAACUCCGUUGUUCAUGCACUGUGUAAGGCAAGAGCAGUGGACAAGGCAGAGGCUAUCCUUCGACAAAUGGUUGAUAAAGGUGUUCUGCCAAAUAACAGGACGUAUAACAACUUGAUCUAUGGAUAUUCCUCUAUGGGUCAAUGGAAGGAGGCAGUGAGGGUAUUUAAAGAAAUGACAAGUCGAGGCAUCCUACCAGAUGUUGUUACUUUGAACUCAUUAAUGGCUUCCCUUUGCAAGCAUGGAAAAAUCAAGGAUGCUAGAGAUGUUUUUGACUCAAUGGCAAUGAAGGGCCAAAAACCUGAUAUUUUCUCCUACCAAAUUAUGCUCAACGGGUACGCUACUAAAGGAUGCCUAGUUGAUAUGGCAGAUCUCUUCAAUUUGAUGCUUGGAGACAGUAUUGCACCUGACAUCCAUAUUUUCAGCGUGCUGAUCAAGGCAUACGCUGUGGAAUGCUAG